UCUUUUCUUUCUUCUUUGGAUGUUAAUAUUUUCUACAUUGUCAGCAUCUCUCUCCUCAGGUGAUUCUUGGUUGAGGUCUUCUUGCUCUGUGGACACAGUUGGUACUAUAAUAAAACUUGACUGGGGUUGUCUGCCCUCUUGAACAAAGGUACCCCUGCUGUUCCUUUCAUUUUCCUCCUGGCAGCAGUAAAUUGAGAGUCCUGGUGGUUGCUGGCCUGGUCUGACCCUCCAUAGCCAUAUGUCUCAGAUUUCCGAUUUCCAUCAUCCACAGUUUGGCUAUGUUGAACAAACUUCCUUCACACCGACUGGUCAAGUAGUGGCAGCGAACAGACCAUAAAAUUCAAUGUCCUGUGCUUUAAGCUGUUUGCUUUCAAGGCAGAUCAUAUAGGUUCAUCUUUAAUGUGGGAGAGCAACAUGUCAUCUAGGUCUAGGCUGGAUCUCUGUGUGACAAAGGGGGGACAUGUCUUCACUGACAGAGGCCCCUGGUUCAUAGGAAGGACCUGUGGACAGUCAAGAGAACAUGUUCACCAUUGUUGGUGUCACACACCUAGUUUGACUUCUUUUUAAGGUGUCUCAUGACUAUUAUUCUACCAAAUAAGCAGUGUACGUUUCAAGGGACGCUGCUUAUUUGGUAGACGUAGACAACAAGACAUCUACAAUCCUACACUGUAGGACCUUUCCUUCAGGACCCUGUCCAACACCUUACGCUGAUGGUCCCCCUGUUUGCAGCGGGUCAACUGCUCCUCAUAUUCCGUGAUAGCGCUUUCAGAACCCCCACAUAUCUCUGUUGCAGCCACUAAUAGACGCGUAUUAACGUACUCCCUCAAUAUAGUGCAUUUUAGACAUUGUGACGAGCUGUUUUCCUUUAGUUACGACUGCAAAACCAGCAAAACACACGUUCAAAAAAGACGCACAAAAGCAGGUAACAACCAUAGACUGUAUAAACCAGGUAACAACAGCAAGAGCUGCCACUCCGCACUUCAUUUUGGGGGAAUAAAAAAAGUGUUGGAGUUAUGGUUUUAGAGGAAAAUAUGUCCUCCCCAACCUUUAAAGUUAAUUUAUGCCGUCAGAGUGUAUAAACAACGUUUAGGCUUGUGUGAUGUGUAGCUUACAACGACUUAUCUGAAUCAGUUCGCUUCACUUACUGAACUGUACAAGAGCAUCCGUGCAACUUGUCUGUGCAUACACGAUCUUUGGCUUCACUAAACUUCUCGCGCUCGUUUUAAACGUCAUUCUAGAUCGACGCAACAUGAACCGUUAGUGUUCAGAGGUUUGGUGUAUUUAUUUGUAGCGUUUACCUUUUAAACUUUAAUGAAUUUAGAUCAAAUACACGCUUAGCUAGCGUGGUCGGUGUAAAAGAAAAUGGACACUUUUGCCUAAAGUUAACGUCGCACAUAUUGACAUUAACCGCCGCAUCACGCAUGACCGCCAAGCAAGCGCCAAAGCCAAAAUGCCACCGGAAAGUCUUUAAAAUUGAAGUCCUUUACGAUGCGAAACAAACUCAAACGGAACAAGACAUGUAAAGAUGCUUCGUGCCCAAGCAAAGACCGCCCGCGAGCCGCCGAGGUGAUAACGUUAGUGUUAUCAGAGUCGAGCUGCUCCAAUGAUGAAACAUCACAAACAGAUUCAGCCUCGCAGGCAGCAAGAGACACAUCUGGUUCAGAUGUUGCUGCUGCAGGCUUCUCCUCCAGAAAAGUUCAACCACUUCAGGAGCAGAGGAAGACUUUUUGCGCAAAAGACAUUAAAAUUGCCCCAAUUUUCAUGUAUACAAAACGGCACAGUAAGAGUAAACCGAGCAGUGAUAGGAAGCUGGAUCAGCCUGUAGACAAGCUGCAGGAAUCAGUGCCCCCUCCUCAGAUUGAAGAUGUGCAACUGGUGAAAAGUAAGCAGCGGUUAUCAACAGUUUCUCACCUGAAAGAGAGAAAGGGGUCCUGGGGAGGACAGUUGUCACCCUCAGCUCUGCACUGCUGUCUGGAACAAAUCCAAACAUCUAACCCAGCAUUUCCAGCCCGAACAGUGUUCAGCACUUUGCAGAAGAAAGCGAGUAAAAGGCUGCAGGAUUUUGGAUCCACAGCAGAAAACUCCCUACAGAACCACUUAAAAGAGAAGAGGAAACGGGGAAAUGAAAGCCCUGAGAGGGUGCCCAAACGUCUGAGGUCUAGUCUCACUGCAGAAGGUGCCGUUGGUAUGGGUCACAGUCACAUGUCAGUACAGCAUGUCCAGGAAAGUACUAGCCAGACGGUCAAGAAGCAGCCCAGAAGCAACAAGCUAAGUCGCACUCACAGACUGAGGCAGCAAAGUGGGAGCCCAGCAGGCCUGGUGAACAACUGUGAGCCGUACUCUGGAUUGAUGAAUCACACAGAAUCUUACUGCCAGUUACUCAAAACGUCUGACAUUCUCCAAAGAGAUUCCAGUUUUGAGGAUGUUCUCUGGACAGACAAAUACAGUCCUCAGCAUUCAAGUGAAGUCAUUGGCAACUCUGCCUCUGUGAAAAAACUGAAACGUUGGUUGAAGAAAUGGAAACUAAGAGCCGACUGUGACGGGAGGAGAAAAAUGGAGGAAAGGAAACAAGAAGACAACCGCAAUGACUCAUGGGACUGUGGAGACUUCCAGGGUGAGGCUGGGGCUGAGGACGACACAGAGGAGCCACUGUGUAAUGCCAUGCUGAUUACAGGACCUCCAGGUGUGGGCAAGACCGCCUCGGUGUAUGCCUGCUCUCAGGAGCUUGGCUUCAAGGUAUUUGAGGUGAACUGCUCCUCACAGCGGAGUGGCUGCCAUGUGCUGUCCCAGCUGAAGGAGGCUACCCAGUCCCACUUAGUGGAGAUGUCAGGGAAGGACCCACUGAAACCAGCUUACUUCAACAAUUACAGCUGCACUCCUAAAUCUGAGACUUUACCUGGAAAAACAGUGCCUCCGAAAAAUGUCACCUCUACCUCAAAAAAGAGAGUGGCACAGAACUUUGGCCACUCCAGUCGCAAAGGAAAAGCUAACCCAGCCACAGUCACUUUGGCCAACUACUUCAAGAUAAAGGCCAAAGCAGAUCACUUUCACUUCUGUGGCCUGUCGCCAUCUGAAAAACCAGACAGCAAGAAAUCCGGCAAAUCAUCACCAGGCUGUGAUCAAACAGUGCCACCGAACAAAAAGACAGCCACAUCACUCAUUCUGUUUGAAGAGGUUGAUGUCAUAUUUGAUGAUGAUGUUGGUUUCCUCGCAGCCAUCAAGACUUUCAUGUCAACCACUAAAAGACCAGUCAUUCUGACCACCAAUGAUCCCUCAUUCAGAGAAAGAUUCAACUGCAGCUUGGAGGAAGUGAUUUUCAAAACCCCAUCAGCGAUCAAUGUCUGUAGCUACCUGCAGCUGUUGGGUCUGGCUGAGAAUGUGCGACUGGAGUUGGACGACGUUAGCAGCCUCCUCAGACUGUCCAGAGGUGACAUCAGGCGCUGCUUGCUGCAGCUGCAGCUCUGGGUGCAGAGUGGUGGCUUGCCUAAGGAGCCUACUCGUGUACAGCACUCAAGUGUUACUGAAAGAGGAGACAAUAUAGAUUCCCAGUGUCCUCAAUGUGACACAGGCUGCACUGCUAGCAUGCUGGGUCUCCACCCUGUGACCCCAAAUCAACUGCUUAACCUUCUAAAGUGUCAGUACUGGUCUGAAAUAGACGUGAACAAGCUCCUGAGACUGCUAGCUGAGAGCUGGAGAGGAGGUGUGCCUCUUCUGUACUCCAACCUGGAGCUCCUUCUACCCAUCGGGGCCAAGGGAACUUCAGUCCCCUUCAUGGACAGGGGGACUUGUUCUGGGCUGCAAAGUGAGCUGACGCCCUCUGACACUGACCUUCACAUCCAGCAGCUGGAUGGAAAUGUCAGUCCAAAGGCGUCAGCCACCAACAGCAAAUCUGUUAGGAAUAACUCCAGGCUUAGCAGAAGGAAACAUGACGCCACGUCAUCUUCCAGUUUGACGCAAACUCCAUUACCGUCAAAGAGUUCAAGAGCCCCUAGUUCGAGAGACAAGACUGAACAAAACGCAGCCAAAGUGGCAACCGACUGUUUAGAUGCCUUGACCGACUUCUUUGACCUCAUGUCAUACCUUGAUGCCACAAUGCCAGCUGCAGAACCGCUUGUUUCAGGCUCAUGCAGACCUGAGGCGUUUGUCUGGACAGGAGCUGAGAUAAAGGAUGGCUUGUUGGAUGAGAUGAGCGAGGAGGAGGGCAGGAGUAGGAGCCAGGAGAGGCUGUUGGAUAUUCAGGCUGCCGUUGAGGGCUUGGGGUGUCACAGGUGCUGUUGGCGGGUGUCUGAGGCGUGCACUGAAGCCCAAAAAUACCGACAGGAACUGGCAGACACAAGGUGGGGAAGGCUGGUGGAGAGACUAACGCUACCCGCCUCUUCCAAAAGACAGAGUCUCAGCUUUAGUUUUCAACCCCUGUGUGCACCAAGUGUGUCCCAAAGGAGGUACGAGCUGAGCAGGACGGUGCUUGGCAUUGAAUCUUUCAGCCUGCUGGGGAACAGGCAAGCUGUCAGUGUCGACUACACGCCGGUUCUCCGCUUCAUCUGCCGCUUUCAGAAACAACAGCAACAGAAAGAGGAGCCAGUCAGGUGUCUGAACAACCUCAGCAGAUUACACCUGGGUCUCUCAAAGUCAACUAUUCAAGUUCUGGCAGAAGAUUUCUCGUAGAGAAAAGAACCUCACCUUACUCCAGUCAAUAUUUAUUUUUAUGUGCAUUCAUUUUACCUGA